AAGCUGACAUGAACAAGGUAGAGCUGGAGUCUUGCCUAGAAGGGCUGACUGAUGAGAUCAACUUCCUCAGGCAGCUGUAUGAAGAGGAGAUCUGGGAGCUGCAGUCCCAGAUCUCAGACACAUCUGUGGUGCUGUCCAUGGAAAACAGCUGCUCCCUGGACACAAAUAGCAUCAUCAUAGAGGUCAAGUCGCAGUACGAGGAAGUUGUCAACUGCAGCCAGGCUGAAGCUGAGACCAGGUAUCAGAUUAAGUACAAGGAGCUGCAGAUGUUGGCUGGGAAGCACGGGGAUGACCUACAUUGUACAGAGAUGGAGAUCUCAGAGAUGAACCAGAACAUCAGCCAACUCCAGGCUGAGACUGAGGACCUCAAAGGCCAGAGGGCUUCCCUGGAGGCCACCAUUGCAGAUGGCCAGCAGCACAGGAAGCUGGCCAUUAAGGAUGCCAACAUCAAGCUGUUCAAGCUGGAGGCUGCCCUGCAGCUGACCAAGCAGGACAUGGCACAGCAGCUGCAUGAGUACCAGGAGCUGAUGAAUGUCAAGCUGGUCCUGGACAUCGAGAUAGCCUCCUACAGGAAAGAGGCUGAGAUGCAGAACUUGAGUAUCCAUAUGAAGACCACCAGUGGCUAUGCCAGUGGGCUGAGCUCGGCCUAUGGGGGCCUCACAAGCAGCCGGGGCUCCAGCUUUGGUUCUGGUGUGGGCUCCAGCCCCACCAGGGCUGUGGUUGUGAAGACUGAGACCUGCAGUGGGAUGCUGGCGCCCGAGUCCUCUGAUGUUCUGCCCAAGUGAACAACCACAGUAACCCCCCGCCAGCCUACCCUUCCUGCAGCUGCCCCAGCACCCAUGAAAAAGGGUGCUAUGCAGGGAAGCACAGGAAACAAGAGACCAACUUGAGGCUCAGCUGUUGCCCUCAGCCAUGCAUAAGGGAGUUCACUGCCUGGCGUACCAAUCUUGCCCAUACCCGCAGCUACAAAACAAUUCAUUUUUUUUUCCAAAAUAAAACCUCAGCUAGCUUUGAAAAAAAAAUCAAACAAACAGAAAACAAGUAACAUGGCUUACAAUGAAGACAUUGAUUGAAAAUUUAGAGAAAAUAAGCACAAAUUAGAUGCCCGUGGACUCUUGGCAAUUGUUUUUUCUCUUUGGCUUUACUAGCAUACCUUAUUGCUAUGAACUCAUUUACACUGAAGAUAAUUUUAAUAUGGAUUAAGAAUAAGGAAAGUAUAAUACCUUGUAUGAUACAUAAACACUCAGGUUCAGAUGAAUGAACAAAAUAACUAGAGUGAGAGAAUACUGUAUCACAUGCCUUGAUAAAACUUAGCCCUAUACGUUUCCUUUGGGUAAAGAAAGGUAGCUGCAUUCAACAAAGCAGGGGCAAUUAGAGGUAACUUGACUUUAGCAUUGAAAUGUUUCACUGAAGAAAAUCUAAUAAAUAUGAGAACAAUGAAAGUUAACUUCUCCAGGAAAAUAAAGAUGGACUAUUUAGUGUGAAUUAAGACUCACUAGCAAUGUCUUCUAUUUGCAGGGUAUAUUAGAAUUAAAAGUACAUUCACACAGAUUUUCCCCCAUGUAAUUGAUGCAAAAACCAAGGGAAAGGUGUAACACAUGUAUCCUUAUCUACGUUAUUCAGAUUUGCAGCCCAAGGCUCCAAGGAUCAGAGAUAUAAAUGAUUUGGCAUUAGGAAGUGACAACUGAAACUGGAGAAUUCAACCAACCCAGGCUUUCAGACUAAAGGACAAUGCCAUGCCACCCUAUACUGCACAGUCAACUGAAGGAGUCAGCCUGCCCACACAAAGUGCUGUCAUUUGAAGGGGAGAGAGUCAACUCAUUCUCGAUGGCACUGAAAAGUAGGAUGAAGACCAGUGAGUGGAAAUUACAGGGAAGCUGAUUUUGCCUUAAUUUGAGGAAAAACUUUCCAACAAUUAGAGCUGUCUAACCAAGGAACAAUCUGCCUUGUCAAAUAAAUGAGCAAGCUGGUGCUGAAAGCAUUUAAGUCUAAGCCUAUAGACUACUUCUUAGGAAUACUAUAGGAAAGAUGACUUGAGAGACACAGUUAACAUAUAAGACUAUCCAACCUAAAUAUUCCGUUGAUGGUGUAGAAUGACAUGUGAAGAAGAUGAUCUAUACGCUUGGAAUUCAAAAUAUUCAGGUCGUAUCUAAGCAAUCCUGAUGUGCUAUGAAACGAUGCAAUUGACAUACAACUCUGAUAUUUCUUGCAGAAACUCCUUUUAGCUAGAUUUACAGUUCAAUUGAUAUAUCCAGACUAGCUGAACAUGAUGGGUUAGAGAUCUACCUUCUAAUAUGUUUAAGAUCUAUUUUCUCUUAUUGAUGCUCCUGAAAACAUGACUAUUUCUGGACUCAUUAGGUGAGAAUAUUUCCUCUAUUGAAAUAAUACCUCAAACUAUGUUUUGCAUUUCUUUUAAGGGCUUGAGAGUUCUCACGAGGCAUACCAAAAUAAUUAGUUGAGAGGUUGGGAGGCAGGUAGGGAAAAAUUAGGGAAUUGUUUUAAUCUGGAGUGGAGUCAAACUUAAGAAUUUCAGUCAGGCACAGUUGCUUAUGCCUGUAAUCCCAGGACUUUGGGAGGCCAAGGUAGGUGGAUCACCUGAGGUCAGGAGUU